GCCGUGGGGCGCAGAAAUGAUAAAUCUCGGGAUCCCAGGCUAAGGCGCGCGCGGGGGGAGGGGAGGGUUGAGAGGAGGAAUUCAGCGCCCGGCGCCGAACGCGGCGCCCAGCGGCAGAACCCCUCCGCGCUCGAGCCCGUGCCACAGCCCCGCGAAGAACUCCAGCACCCCGGGCCGCCGACGCCAUCUCGACGCGAGUGGCCGAACGCCGAAGCGCGCGGAUAAAAACGGACGCCGGGCCCCGACCAGCCACACACACGGAACGCAGGCCACGGGAGCCGAGCGUCUUCUCCGCCUCCCCCCAACUGGAGCGCUUGCUGCCGGCGCGGGUCGAAGUCGGACCGUGUUGUUUUACUCGUUGAAAGCCUCGUCGAUCUGGAGUUUCUCGUCACCGUUUUAGCAGGCGUGCACGUGUCAGUGUCUCUGUGAAGUUCGGCACUUUUUUUUUUUUUUUUUUUCGUGACUGAACAGUCGGUGGUUACGCACCUGGACCGCAGUUUCGCCUACGAGCCCCCGUGUGACAGGGACUUAUUCACACGGACAGUCGGGACUUUUCAUCUUGCUCGGUCCGUUUAGUUCGGAACGACUGCUGUGCUGUGGACUUCAAGGGGGAAUUGUGAGCAAAAAAAAAAAAAUAUACUUUUUGUGUGACGUACUGUCCAAAAGGAGUUAUUCAUUGCGAAGAGAAACUAGCUGAAGGCAGUGCCACAACUAUUUUUUUUCCCCACGGUCUUUUACGAGAACUGGAGGCUGCGGACCUUGCGGAAGUUUGUGUGCGGAGCUGGAGCUGCUAAGCUUUCGUGAAGUGUUCUACCGGUGAAUUGUGUCGCAGACGACGGAGGACUAAAAACCCGCACAAGAGGCGCAGAGGAAAAGUGAGGAGGACUAUCGACGUUGACCGCUGGGACGGCGUGUCGACGAGGAGACUUCCACAAGGGCGCAUAGGAUUGACGAAAGCUCGUCGCUCCAGAAACCAAAAGGACAGAUUCCAUUCACGACAAGGGUAACGUCUUCGGACAGGACCCGCAUUCCAAGGACCUGCAGUGGGAUUCCCACCGCAAAGCGGAUUCCUUGGUUGACGUCCGCAGCCCCAUCCAAUAUUGCUGGGUGAAAUGGAACAACAUAAGCCCUGGGCAAGCAUCCAAAACAACACUGGCAAGUACUCAUUAGACAUCAUGAAAAAUCCCAAAAUGGGGGGAAAUGCACUUGCAAUGUAAUGAAGUAGUAUUAAGCAACAAAAUAUAUGAAAGGCAGACGGGCCAAAAACAUUACCAACUUGACAACCUAGCCACAGUCAUUCUGUAUUUUUGAAAUGUCUUUCCCAAUAUUAUAUAACAAUAAUUUAAAAAUGGGCUUUCCUUGUUUUGUUAGCCAGGCAAUAAUCUGAAACUACUGCUUCACUUUUUUUUUUUUUUUUCAGGGUAACUGCAGCUCUCUGAGUCUUCCUGUCAUUUGCAUAGGCACAUCUGGCUCUAGAGGCAACAAAGGGAAGGAGAGGUCCCCAUCAGGACCCAUUUGACAUGCGAAGGCCAUUUCAAGCCAAGUGAAACCAGUAGGCAACGUGAAGACUGCUUGUGUACAUUAAGUCUUGGGCCUGCAACCUCCUGCUAGAGCACCCUUCUAUCAGAAGCUAAGUGUAACACUAUAGAAAAGGAAAGCACGGCACAGAGGUGGACACAGCUACAAGACCUACAUUUUUCAUGCUACACAGCUUGUAAAUAAGCAAGAAGAUGCAGGCCCGUUUGCCUAAGCAAGUGCACCAUGAAAGGAUGUCCUGACGGGUGAAAGAGUGCAAAGAUCGCAAAGAAAAAGCACAAGAGAAGUCUGCUGCUUUCAACCCAAUAACUUUCCUAAGCAAACAGAAGAAUGAGGAGCAGUAACAAAAGUUCACCCACAAGCAUGCAACUCAUGCAAGUUGUUAAAAUCAUCAUAAAGGAAAGAUGCAUCGUCAUCCUGCUUAUUGUCUCUUGCCUCUUCAGAGCGACAAGUGCAGAGUGUCCUAGCGCAUGUUUCUGUGACAGUGAAAGCCAGUAUGUCAGCUGCGUCGGGGACAGCACUUCACAAGCACCUCAGGACCUGCCCAGACCAAGCGAGAGGCUGGAACUGCGCAACUUUGCAGUAGAUGUGCUCGCGCAGCACCUACUCAGUGGGGUGCCAGCUCUCAAAGAACUGAAGCUGCAGCAAAGUCGAACGAGAGCAGUCGAAGACGGGGCUUUGGCCGAGCUGGCUCUGUUGCAACGACUUGACCUGAGCCAAAACUUGCUGGAGAAUCUGACAUCGGGAACAUUUAAGGGACUACAGCAACUCAAGUACCUUGACUUGUCUUCAAAUCAACUGGCACACAUAGAUGGUGCCUUUUCGGGCCUGGGAAACCUGGAGCAGCUCAAUCUUCACAGCAAUCUGCUCACUCAGCUGAACACCUACACAUUCACAGGCCUCCACCAGAUCCAGUACCUGAACCUGGACUCGAACCUUGUCUCGAGCCUCGAAGUGGGUGCCUUCCAGAACCUUCCAAACCUUGGACAUCUCAUCCUCAGCAACAACCCACUCACGAGUCUCUCUCGUCUCAACUUCUUUGGCUCGCGGCUGCAGUACAUCGAUGCUUCUCAUGUCGGGCUUGAGCGCAUACCACAAAGCCUCACUCGUUACGUUCGAGACCUCAGGCUCAGCCGUAACAACAUCACUCACAUCACUCUUGGUGACCUGGACAGCUACCCACACCUUGGUUUACUUGUGCUGGAUGACAAUGCCAUUGAAGAUGUGGAAGAUGAUGCUCUAGGUCGACAGGAGUACCUCACCAGGCUUUGGCUAAAUGGGAACCGGCUCACAAGGGUCCCAAUGAACCUGCCGCAGAUGCUAGUUGCUCUCUAUAUAGAGGAGAACUUGAUAACUGAGCUGCCAGCCAACAGCUUUUUUGGACUAUCGAAAUUGGAGCAGUUGUACUUGCAGAGAAACCAAAUCAGGAACAUUUCAGAAAGCGCUCUGAGUGAUCUUGUCAAUCUGAAGACACUUGACCUGCAGGCAAACCUCAUACAGGUUUUGCCUAAUCACGUUUUCAGCAAUCUCAGCAACUUACAGACACUUGACAUUUCUCAGAAUCGACUACAGUUGCUGGAGCCCGAGUGCUUUCAAGGGCUUGAUGCACUCCAGACACUGCAGCUGUCCAGAAUAGCUAAUAAAGUGGAAUUCCAAGAAUAUGUCUUUGAUCCACUAAAGGCACUGAUCAAGCUCGAAAUGUAUGACAGCAGUGGCCUAGUGGCCGACAUAAUCAAAUCACCAAGAACACUGCACGGCUUGAGAAAUGUACAGGAGCUGAAUAUCAUGCACAAUAAACUCACAGAUUUGAGACCAGAUUUUCCAUCCUUUUUCCCAAAACUGAAAGUUCUCAAAGUGGGAGGCAACAUGUUUCACUGUGGCCCUGAAGUGCGAUGGCUCUCGGAAUGGAUAAAGACAUCGAGCAUCCAGUUUUACAGUAGCUACAGUAUAAGAUGUGCAUCACCGGUCACCCUACAAUUCAAGCCUGUCAUGUUGCUAAAGGAGGAAGACUUCGUUGAAAUUACUACAAAGACCCCACCAACCCCUCAAGGAAGAAGUGCUGCCUUGGUCAAGAGAGUUCCCCUGCUAAACGUCCCAGAACCAAUUUCUGCCUCCGAAGGCCUGACAGCGAUUGUGACAUUCCCGCCUUCAAUGCUAAGAAGCAUUACCACCAGGAGUAGAAGUUUGGAAGCAGCUGAGCCAACAACAGCUGUGUCAAGUAACAAGACAGGCAUUUUCCCAGCUGAUAGUGAGACAGCUCCUAAGAGCACUGAAGACUUCUUUCAAACACCACAGAGACAAAAGUCAUUAAACAUCCCUGCCCAAAUGGCAGGCAACCAGAAAGCAAGCAAUGAGAGCUUAAUAGCUCACCUUGCAAGUAAUGUGACAUCUGCGACAGAUGGAACCAUUACUGACAGCGUGAGCAACGUCACUAUUCCUACAGUGAUGAGCAAGCAGACCAUGACAACAAUUCUGAAUUCAGUCUGGCAAGUUCCAACGGCUGAAACAGCUGUUCCAGCUCUAACAACAGCACAAGAUAACCAUACUUCCUUGUCCUUCAAUGCACCUCAAAGCCUGCUGCUUGCACCACCAGUGGCUGAAAAACAACAACAGGAGCCAAGCACCGAAGGGAACUCUACUGUCACUUCGAGAAUCAUUACUGGUUGCAGCUUUCUGCUGUUCGUCACUCUUGUAACUACAGUGUUUCUGCUGCAGACGCGUCACAACUGUAUGGGCUGCCGUGAACAUUAUUCUCGCAUCCAGCGAAGCAGCAUCAUCUCCUACCGUCCUCAGCACGACGAGGUGAACAUCUUGACGGUGUCGGAAGGUACAGUUGAUGCAAGGACUAGCAUGCAUCGUGGCAUUCGAAACAAGCUCUACUUCGCAGUCGAGGGUGGAGGUCCUCACGACAUGUCUAACGAACCUCACCUGCAAGAGCUGAUUCCUCGCUCCCUGAGUGACAGUGAGUGGUGCAGUGGUCACGUGUGUAUAUAAACUAGGGUGUCUACUGCUACGUGGUAUUUGUGUCCUUAAGUGAUCACAAAAGAAAGUGACUACCGAUGGCCACAGAGACCAAAGGCACGUACUUUGUGACAGCAGUCUUCAAUCCUGUGCCAAAGAUAUAGGUAUCUCACAAAGCCAAAACAUUUACCUUCUUGAAAAACACGUCAUGAAACUGUUGAGACACACCAGCAUCAUGGGCAUGACAGGGACAAUAGUGGUUACAUCUUAAAAGCUGACCUCCAGCUUUUUAAAUUUUUUGUGCAUGUGUGUGCAGAAAGAGCUUGAUGGUAUCAAAAUUCCAUGAGUCAGAGACUCUCAAGGUUGCCUGCAACAAGCUACUGAAUUGGGUUUGUAAUGACUGUGAGAGUGAGCAUGCAUAAACACAAAGCAAUUAUUUUUGUAAAAGAGGAUAAUUAUUUGGCAGCAUGGUAUAUUACAAUGCUACCGUCUACUCGUUUCCUUCUAUCAUGCAGCGAAUGUUUAUACAUGUUGAAUAAAGUGUCUACUUGAA